UAAGCGCGUUGCGUCCUCUGGUGGUUAAGUGAGACAUUGUUAGUUCAGUGUUCGAGUAGAGUCGGUCAGAAAGAGUUGAAAAUUCAAGAUGGCUAUGUGUCACGAUGGUGUCUUGGAUUGUUGUCGUUAAGUUUAUUUAUUUUGUGUGAAAAUAGUGUUUUAUCAUAAUGGCUGACUUAAGUGUAGAUAUAACCAAGUUGCCGGACGAAAUAAGAGAUAAACUAGCUGAGUUGGACUUGGAGUUAUCUGAAGGUGACAUAACACAGAAAGGCUAUGAAAAGAAGCGCGCUCGUCUUCUUACCCCAUACAUCGCUCAACAACAGCCUCAAGCAGGCAUUCAGGCAGUGCGAGGACCGCGCGGCGACGGCGGCGGCAGUCGACAGCUCACUAGGAACCGACGAACCCAUCGCCGCGUCACUCACAAUGAGAAGCGAUACCACUCAGAAGUGAGACAGGAGGCAGUACAGCAAGCCCUUGCUGAGAUGCAGAAUCGGCCUAAACCGUCUUUGCCAAUGCCUUCCAAAAGAACCUCGAUGAUGGCCAAGAGCCCGGACAGAGAACGCCACGAUCUCUCAUCUAGUUCCGACGAGGACUCUUGCGCGGGAGACAGCGAGCUGCCGCCACCUCCGGAGAUGGGCUCGCCACCUGCGCGUCUCCAAGCCGGCGUGGUGCCUGUACCUAUUGAAGUGCCGCUUACACGUCGCGACGCCGGCCUGCAACAGGUCGGCUUCCUGCUCGGCUCCUGCGGAAUACAAUAUGCCCUCACGUCGGAUGCUUGCCUAAAAGGUCUUCCGAAGACUUCAUCGGGCGAUGUGGUAUCUUUCCGCGGUUGGCCGUCUCUACACUGGGUGUCGACAGAGAAAUUGCCCCGCCCCCCGCGCGACUGGAUCCCACCCCCGCGCCCUGCUGACGACAGCCCCGCGCACAUUGAACAUACAUCAGCCGCGGAUGGUUCCGCUAUGGGUGUUAUUGUCACGAGAGCGUCGAUGCUCUCCCACAGCCGGAUGCUUUCAGUGGCUUGUAACUACACUGAGGGCGAGCAUAUGGUGUGCGUGCUGGACUUCAAGCGUGAAACUGGACUCUGGCACGCCGUACUAGCGAGUGUUCUUAAUGGCAUGCAUGUGAUAUUCAUUCCUUACGCCCUGAUGAAAGUAAGCCCCGCCUCAUGGAUGCACAUGAUCACUAAGUACAGGGCUUCGGUGGCGAUCGUUAAAUCUCGAGAUCUGCACUGGGGAUUACUGGCGACGAGAGAUCAUAAGGAAAUAUCCUUGAGUUCACUUCGUAUGCUGCUCGUUGCUGACGGCGCUAACCCUUGGUCGCUGUCGUCAUGUGAUCAGUUCCUGUCGGUGUUUCAGAGCAAAGGUGUGCGUGGCGACGCGAUAUGCCCAUGCGCAUGUAGCAGCGAGUCGCUGACAGUGUGCGUGCGGCGCGCGGGCCGCGGCGGUAGCUCGGCUGGCCGCGGCGUGCUGUCUAUGUCUGGUCUCUCCUACGGCGUUGUCCGUGUAGAUGCUGAGAACUCGCUCACCUCACUCACGCUACAGGACUGCGGGCAGGUUAUGCCCUCCUGUGUAAUAGUAGUGGUAAAAAUAGAAGGGCCUACAUAUCUGUGCAAGACCGAUGAAGUAGGUGAGAUUUGCGUCCUUUGUGGGGCGACGGGCUCUGGGUAUUGGGGCCUGCCAGGGCUCACUAACACCGUCUUCCGAGUUCGGCCGUUGGAUGCCGACGGGGAACCAAUCGGAGAGGAACACUACGUCCGCAGUGGACUCCUUGGUUUCUUAGGUCCAGGUGGCUUAGUAUUUGUAUGCGGCUCUCGCGAUGGGCUAAUGACGGUGACUGGUCGCAAACAUAAUAUGGACGAUAUCAUAGCGACCGUACUCGCCGUUGAACCCAUGAAAUUUAUAUACAGAGGACGUAUUGCUGUGUUUUCCGUGAGGGUACUUCGCGACGAACGUAUUUGCAUAAUAGCCGAGCAAAGACCUGAUUGCGGUGAAGAGGAGUCCUUCCAGUGGAUGUCGCGCGUACUCCAAGCAGUUGAUUCAAUACACCAAGUAGGAAUCUACUGCCUUGCGUUGGUACAACCUAAUUACCUUCCGAAGACACCGCUUGGAGGAAUACACCUCAGCGAAUGCAAACGGCGUUUCCUAGAAGGGACUCUCCAUCCAGCUAAUGUUCUAAUGUGUCCACACACAUGUGUAACAAAUUUACCCAAACCCAGAGAAAUUCAUUCAGAUGUCGGUCCGGCGUCGGUGAUAGUGGGAAACCUCGUGCAAGGUAACCGCCUCGCCUCAGCUCAAGGUCGCGAUAUGGGUUACACUGAUGACUCUGAUGCCGCUAGGAAGUAUCAAUUCAUAUCUCAAAUCUUGCGAUGGCGCGCUCAGAGUACAUCUGACCACGUCAUAUUCACACUGCUCAACUCAAAAGGCGCCGUUUCUAAAGUACUUACUUGCGCCGAGUUACACAAAAAAGCAGAGCGAAUUGGAAAUCUCCUCCUCGAAAAGGGGCGAGUAAAUACAGGAGACCAUGUAGCGCUGAUAUUCCCUCCGGGAUUAGAUCUCAUAAGUGCUUUCUACGGCUGUUUGUAUGUAGGAGCGGUGCCGGACACGCACGAUACUCACGACGCGGUGUUCGUGGUCGGCGCGCUCGACGAAACAAUCAUGCUUCGCGGUAUGCGAUAUCAUCCCAUCGACAUUGAAAACUCUGUCAUGAGAUGCCACAAGAAAAUAGCCGAAUGCGCCGUGUUCACUUGGACCAACCUGCUGGUGGUGGUGGUGGAACUGGACGGUAACGACAGCGAGGCCCUGAACCUGGUGCCGCUGGUCACCAACACGGUGCUGGAGGAACACCACUUAAUCGUCGGCGUUGUGGUAGUCGUGGACCCCGGCGUGGUGCCGAUCAACUCGCGUGGAGAGAAGCAGCGCAUGCACCUUCGCGACGGCUUUCUAUCCGACCAGAUAGAUGCCAUAUACAUCGCUUACAACAUGUAAUUGUCAAAAAAAUGUCUUCAUUGCCAAUGAAAAUGUCUUCUCGCAGCAUAAUUUUCUCGACACUUUUUAUGUACAAGCGGAUCAUAUUAUAGUUAGAAAAAUUUGAUCGCUUACUUUUUAAACCCGAUUAUGAACCUUAAAUAUAGGGAAUUUGACUCUGACAACACUGAAUAAACUUGUUAACUUUGACUGUUUAAAAUAACAAGUUUACAUGUAGCAAAGUAAAGUAGUUUUAGCGAUAUAUACCAAUAAUAUUAAUUCAAUUUCGAAGUGAUUCUUUAAAAUGGGUGUUUAUGAUUAAAGUAUACCGACUUGUAUAAGCAUAAAGCUUUAUAAUAACAUUCGAUAGCGUCUUGUACUUUUAACUUCAAAUAGGAUUAGCCAAUUUCAAUUAACAAUUUACAUUCGGAUCUUGAGUUUACAUUUUAACAAACUAUAUUUGGAUGCAUUAAAAAUAAAUGCUAAUAAAUAUACAAAAGGGUUAAUACGAUAUAGUAAUAUGUGAUACUGUGUUGGAUACAAGAUUGUUUAUACCUUUCCAUAUGAGACAGCUCAAUUGAUACAUGCUAAACAUAACCAAACCCGGAAAAACCCCUUAUUAAGAAGAUUAAGCUCAAAGAUCAUUCAUGCAAUUGAAAGAUUACUGUCGAAUCGAUCUGCGGUUUAUGUAAUCAAUUUUCAAUGUCAUAAUAGUAGUUUUUCGUGUGAACACUGGAUCAGUCAUAUCGACAAACAUGUAAACUAUGUUUAGCUUUUCUUUAGGAACCAUUGGAAUGUGAUGUUUCAAUAUUCGAAUAAACAAUUUUGUAUUAGAAGAUAAUCAAUUAAGUUUUUGAGCAUUAGUAAAUAGCAGUUUAGAUUUGCGACAAAAAUACAUCACAGUAAUUCUAACACAUCAAAUGAUCACUGCUAUAUUUAAAAGUAUUACAACACACAUGGAAACUUAGAGAUAGUCACAUUUUAGAUAUAUUGAGGUAUUGCAUUUAAUAUGUUUUUGUUAGUUCCCUGACCCCAUUCAAAUGUUUAGUAAAUAUUGAAUUAACAGAUGAAAACUUCUGAUUUGCGCACACAUCUAUAUAUACAUUUUGUCUUUAAAUUAAUUAAACCAGUACACAAAUUAUAACUUCAUAAGUAAUAUUUGUUAUUAACUAAAAUUAAUUUUAGUAAUAUUCACCAGUAUCUCUCUUAUAUUUUCUCAAUCUUUUCGACAAUGUAACAUCACUACUUCCUCUGACUUCGACAUUCAUUUUGUAAGCUUUCAUUAUUUUUUUAUUAUUGGUAUAUUGAAUUUCGGAUUGAUUUGUAAACUUUA